UACAUGGAUUACAUGAAAUCUCGAACUCCUUUUUUUUAUUAAUAUAUUUAUACGUGUGUUUCUGUGUGACGAAGAGUAAUCACACGGUUAUCGAUAAAUUUACGGAAUCGCGUUUUAACGUAACUGUCGACAUGAUAAGUUUCGAUGAAAAUAUGUGUAAUCAAUGUCCAUAUAUCUAGUAUUAACAAAUUAAAUUUUUCACGAUUGUAUUCAGAUAAUCAAUGCGUAUAAAAGAUCUUAAAAUACAAGCAUAACGCGAGAGAAUAAUCAUUUUCUUUCUUUGUGAUGUUACGUCGAUAAUUAUAGGAAUUACAAGAAUAUGUCACUAAUUUAUCAAAAUAGUUGAUCAUAUCACAUAUUAUAAUUCGCACGUAAGGAGUUAAUAUGAGCGAUUUCACCAUCUACUAUAUACCUAGCAACAUGUCAAUCUACUGUUAACAGUCUCCUAUACAUCAAAUUUAUAUACAAUUCUACAAAAAUGGCACUUGUUUAUAUCGAAGACAGUGACCCUUGGUUAAUGGAAUAUGAUGCCUGUUUGAAACUGUUCAGAGAAAUCAUGGAACAACUUACUGCUCGUAAUAGACAUCCAAGGAAGUCACAGACAUAUGCAAACUUAUCUGUAAAUAUACGAAUUCAUCUGAAACAAUACAAGAGGGAAGUUCAAGAACUUAAGAAUAAAGUGGACGAUGCAUCAAAAUCCAAAACUAUAACUAUUGAAGAAGCAGAACGAAGAAUGCGGCAGAUAGAGCUAUUAUUGAGCAAAGAAGUACAGUUGCAAAAGUUGUAUGAUUCCCAAAUAAAUGAACUUGCAAAUUCUCGUGCAAAUUUACUUACGUCUAGAGGAUCGGCUUUUGCGGAUGGAGGUACAACUUCUUGGGCAGGUGACGACGACGACGACGACGACAAGAAACCUAUAGAUGUUCAAGUAUCUGUUGAAAAUCAUGUAAAUCGACACAAUGAAAUUUUACAAGAACAAGAUAAGGGAUUGGAAGAGUUGUGUAAAGUUAUUGCAAGGCAAAAAGAAAUUGGUGUAACUAUCAAUAACGAAGUAGGCCAUCAAAAUGAAAUACUUGAUAAUUUAGCCAAUCACAUGGAUAGAACCGAUAAUUCGUUAGCUACCAAGAUACGUCAGGUACAAAAUAUUAGUAUCAAAGAAUGUACAUGUGGCUAUUGGGUAGUAAUAGUCUUUCUUUUUAUUUGUAUCAUUACAGUCGCUUUAGUUUAAUUAAUAGAAACGCAUAUUUAUAAAUUUG